GAGAAGGGCGUGGGUUGGCACACGCACAGUCUCUUAUUACGCCUUGCGGACUCUUUUAAGACCCACGGAAAGAAGCCACCAGGACGUGGUCGCUCCACAAUCCCAGCACCUUAUCGUGAUUGCGAGUGUUCAGCUCACUUGGGUUGUUCCGUGUGACCAUUACGCACCAAACUGCAGAGACGAGAGGAGAUCCACAUCUGUUUCUUUCUUUCAAUUCCAUCACACCAAGUUUUUAGCGAUUAUAUAUAUAUAUAUAUAUAUAUAUAUAUAUAUAUAUAUAUAUAUUUUUUAAAUUAUUAUUAUUAUUUUUUUAGGAGCCAUGAACGCCUCGUCCUUCCUCGACGCCACGCACGACGCGCUACUCAACGGCAGCCGGACCCUGGCGGGGACGCUGGCCACCUACUCCGGCAACGGCAGCGAGCAAGCGGUGACCGGGGACGGCAGUGCCGCUGGCGGCGGCGGCGGCGGCGGCGGCGGCGGCGCGGGAGCCGGCGGAGGCUCCCUGGUCCUCCUUCAGGAGGAGCGCAAACUGCUGGUGAUGCGCGUGGUGCAGAUCGCCGUGCUGUGCGUGCUGUCGCUCACGGUGGUCUUCGGGGUCUUCUUCCUGGGAUGCCACCUGAUGAUCAAGUCCGAGAGCAUGAUCAACUUCCUGGUGAAGGAGCGCCGGCCCUCCAAGGACGUGGAGACCGGCAUGAUCGGACUCACCUAGGGGAAACUACUGAGCCCAGGGCUUAUCUGCAUGAACUUAAUACAAGUUUCUCCCGUCUCCCACACACGUCACUUAGUGAGGAUUAGAUAUGCAACACGGUCACGUCUGCUUCCAAUUGACUCCAAACGAACGUGGGAGCAACCUUUUGUGCGUAAACUUUGUGCAGCCACCUGUUGACGCGCGGAUGGCGGAAGCAGUCCGGACACACAAAAUGGUUCGUUCCGGGUGUGGACGCGGUUCCCUCCAGGACCGAGUGGCCUUUCUCGGGCCCAUUCAGCCUCAACAAUGCUCGCCGCUCAAACACUAUCUGCAGGCCGACCAAGGACGACACCGUGGACUUUCUUCAGCAGACAUUGUUUUGACAGCCUUUGGCCACCGGAGAG